UACCUGUCAUUGUAUAGUUCAUAGUGUACGUGGAGAAACAAGCAGCUGGUAGAGGUGAGUGGCUGACUACAUGUCAUUGUAUAGUUCAUAGUGUACAUGGAGAAACAAGCAGCUGGUAGAGGUGAGUGGCUGACUACCUGUCAUUGUAUAGUUCAUAGUGUACAUGGAGUAACAAGCAGCUGGUAGAGAUGAGUGGCUGACUACCUGUCAUUGUAUAGUUCAUAGUGUACAUGGAGAAACAAGCAGCUGAUAGAGGUGAGUGGCUGACUACCUGUCAUUGUAUAGUUCAUAGUGUACAUGGAGAAACAAGCAGCUGGUAGAGGUUAGUGGCUGACUACCUGUCAUUGUAUAGUUCAUAGUGUACAUGGAGAAACAAGCAGCUGGUAGAGGUGAGUGGCUGACUACCUGUCAUUGUAUAGUUCAUAGUGUACAUGGAGAAACAAGCAGCUGGUAGAGAUUCCACCUUCCAGUGGGUGGCAGCAUUUGGGCACUGAGGAACGUCUCUUUUUGGCCCGCAAGUGAUGGAGGAGCUAAAACGGUUAUAUGUCCGGUUGUGCCAGGAGAAGGGGGCAGAACCCCAGGAUGCAGUGCUAAAGGAGCUACAGGCGAUGAGAGAGUCUUCUGGAAAGGGGAAACUGGAUUUAUCCACCCAGAAUCUUUCCAUAGAGUCCUGUCAGGUCCUGGGCCUCCUCCUGCAGAAUGAUGUCACUUUCUCCCACGUCAUCCUCAGCGACUGCAUGCUCAGCGAAGACGGUUUGAAGCAUAUAUUGCAAGGCCUCCGCAAUAACGCUGUAGCAAAGUACCUGGACUUGAAGGGCAAUAAUCUGCGUGGUGAAGGUGCAGAAGCAUUGGGGAAACUCUUGAGACACAACACCUCUCUGGUCAGUCUGACCUUGGAGUGGAACAACCUUGGCAUGUGGGAAGACGGAUUCUCUAAUCUGUGUGAUGGCCUUAGCUGCAACCAAACUCUUCAAAGACUGGACCUACGCAACAACCAGAUCAGCCAUAAAGGAGCAGAAGAAUUGUCCACUGUGCUGAAACACAACCUCGGCCUGCGAGAAUUAGACCUGCGAUGGAAUAACAUUGGUCUUCUGGGAGGUCGAGCCCUUCUUGAUUGUCUUCAAAGCAAUAAAAUCAUCAUGAAGAUGGAUCUGUCCGGAAACAACAUCCCCAGUGACAUCUUAAAGGCUAUUGAACAGGCCAUAGAUUAUAACCUGGAUAGAAAGACGGUGAAGACGGACAACCUGAAUCAGAGGCAGAUCCUUACCAGGGAAGUCCAGAAUAUAACACAAGAAAAGAAUAAGCAGUUCCUGGACCUGAUGGGAACCAUUGAUAAACAGAGGGAGGAGAUCAGCCGCAGCACCAGGACUACGACUUUGCAAGUCAGCAAACUUCAAGACGCGUUGGAUGACAAGAAAUCGGUUGUUAAUUCACUGACCGCCAAGUUACACAUGACUGAUGCGGCCUUGGCUUUAUCACAGCAGAAAGUGCAAGACCUUGGGGUGAUCCUGACUCAAACAAAGCGAGAUAGCUCCAGCAUGAGAGAACUGCAUGCCAAAGAACUGAGGAGGGAGAAGGAGGAAUCUGCAAUGCGGGAAGCGAAACUCAGACAAGAACUGUCCGCGUCUAAUGAGAAAGUUCUGCUGUACCGCAAUAAGGUGGAUGAGCUGGAGAGAAAGUGUAAGAUGCAGCAGGAGCAGCUGUUUGAUGUGAAGCAAGAACUCACAAAUACGAGUGCAGAGCUGAAGCUGCGGGCUGUGCAGGCAGAAGAACGCUUAGAAGCAGAGAAAAGAAGAUUCCGGCAGACACAGGAUGAAGCCAGCGUGCUGCGUCAGAAAGAAGUAGAGCACAUGACACGUCACAUGGAGGACAGUGAGAGGGUGGCGCAGGAACGGAUGCAACGUCUUGAAGCUACAAAACUGGCACUUGAGGAGGAACUGAGCAGGGUGAAGGUAACCUUAGCCAAUGAACGUGCCCAGGCUGAAGAGGAGAUUCUGAAAGCGAGAAGCACAGCCCAGCAGGAGGAGCAGCAGCAUGCCGCCCUUCUACAGGACAAGAUACGAACCUUAACCCAGUCGCGGGAUCAGGUGCAGAGUCAGGUUAUGCAGCAGAACCAACUAGUUGGAGAAGUGCAAGCUCAGAACAACCAGCUGUGCCUGGAAAUAGAAGGCCUAAAAAGACGAAUCGAUGGCUUGCAACAGGAGUUAUCAAAGAAGGAACAAGAGAAGGUGUCGGAAAUAACAAAGGUGCGAUGCGAGCUGCAACAGCAGAUGGGACAUCUUGAAGCGGAGUUGACCGCACAGGAAGGACUAAAGGAGAAGAUUUCUGCAUUGGAGAGACAGCAGAAAGUGCAGGCCAAUACCCACCGAGAGACGCUAUUGGAUAAAGAAGGUGAGAUCUCUUCUCUAUUGGAGAAGCUAAGACUGAAGGAUGCUGAGAUUCUAAGGAUGCGAGAGGAGGAAGCGCAGAGAGCCAGCCUUCUACAGAGCGCCAUCCUAAACUAUACCAGUACCCCUCUUGGCUCUGCCAGUGGAAGGAAAUAAGCCAACCUCUCCUGUAUGUUCAAUAAGCUAAGUCGGACCAAGUGCCUUCCAUUGUUAAAGGGGUACUCCAGUGGAAAACAUUUUUUUUAAAUCAACUGGUGCCAGAAAGUUAAACAGAUUUGUAAAUGACUUCUAUUAAAAAAAUCUUCACCCUUCCAGUACUUUUUAGCAGCUGUAUGCUACAGAGCAAAUUCUUUUCUUUUUGAAUUUCUUUUUUGUCUUGUCCACAGCACUCUCUGCUGACAACUGUCCAGAGAAGGAGAAAAUCCCUAUAGCAAACCUAUGCUGCUCUGGAUAGUUCCUGACACGAACAGAGGUGUCAGCAGAGAGCACUGUGGACAAGAGAAAAAAUACAUUUCUGUAGUAUACAGCUGCUAAUAAGUACUGGAAGGAUUAAAUGCGCACUGUCAGAUACAAAAACUUUUGAUAUGUUGUAAAGCAUGCAAAACCAAUAGGUUUCAAUUAGAAUUUUUUUUUUUUUAAUUUUCAGUAUUUCAUACUGAAAAAUACAGUCAAACAACUGCCCCCCCUGCCUGCCUAUACACAUACUAGUCCUGCUGUGUCCAUGCCUCAUCACCUAUGUCAUGGACACACUUCCUUGAUUGACAGCUGUGAGCGCAGGGCUCAUACCUGGAGGAAAAAUCCUCCCACUGUCAGCUUGUGUCCCGCUACUUUCAGUGAGGACAAGCUGGGAGUUGUAGUUUUGCUAAUGCUAGGGGAGAUAUGAGCAGACAGCAUACUGAGGGAGGGGGUGGAGACAUGCACAGUGAGGCCACGCCCCCUCCCUUUGAGAGUAAUUCAGGCUAGUGAGCUAAAUUAAAAGUGUAAUAAAAAAAUAAAAAAUAAAGGUGCUAGACACAUAAAAAUUAGAUGUACAUGGUCAGGAUUAGGUACUGAGUGAUAUAUUUAAAAAAUAAAUUUUUGUUGGAUCUGACGGGUACACUUUAAGAAGUUAUUUACAAAUCUGUUUAACUUUCUGGCACCAGUUCAUUUGAAAAAAAAAAGGGAGUACCCCUUUAAGCCUUAGUCACAUAAGAAGGGCUCUUCUUAAUACUGUAUCCACAUUAACUGAUCAUGACAUAGUAAUUUAUUUUGUAUUUGAUGCAUUUUGUAUGUAUUGUAAUUACUUUUAAAUAAAGAUUUUUUUUAUGUUUUACAUUUUUGUUA